AUGGAUUUUCCUCCACCCCCUCCGCCGCCCCCUCCGCCAGGUGGUCCUCCCCCAGGCCCUCCAGGCUCCGGAUAUGCGCCGCCGCCGCCGCCACCGCCUCCGCCUCCAGGCCCGCCAGGCCCGCCUGGUACUGUUGGCCCCCCCGGUAUGCGCCCACCAGUCGAUCCACAAAUCGCCAAGUUCGCACAGAAGAAGAAGGACUGGUUACGGCAACAGCGUCAGAGAUUUGGUGAAAAGCGCAAGGCUGGAUUUGUCGAGACGCAAAAGGCGGAUCUUCCUCCAGAGCACUUGCGCAAGGUCUUUAGAGAUAUUGGCGAUGUGUCUCAGAAGAAGUUUACCUCGGACAAGCGAAGCUAUCUUGGUGCACUCAAGUUCAUGCCACACGCUGUUCUGAAGCUCCUAGAAAACAUGCCCAUGCCUUGGGAAAGUAGACGCGACGUAAAAGUCCUCUACCACACCAACGGAUGCCUGACGCUGGUCAACGAAGUACCGCGUGUAAUUGAGCCCAUUUUCCACGCGCAAUGGGCCGCCAUGUGGCUGGCCAUGAGGAAAGAGAAGAGCGACCGUCGCCAUUUCAAGCGAAUGCGCUUCCCACCUUUUGACGACGAAGAGCCCCCACUGUCGUACUCGGAGAACAUUGAGGAUGUGGAGCCUUUGGAACCCAUCCAGCUGGAACUCGACGAAGAUGAGGACAGCCCAGUAUACGAGUGGUUCUACGACCAUCGCCCCCUUCUCGAUACCCCACAUGUCAACGGGCCCAGCUACGAGACCUGGAAUCUCGAUCUUCCUCAGAUGGCGACUCUGUACCGUCUGAGCAAGCAGCUUCUCAGUGACAUUGUAGACAAGAACUAUUUCCACAUGUUCGACAUCAACAGCUUCCAGACUGCAAAAGCACUCAAUGUUGCGAUUCCUGGAGGGCCUCGCUUUGAGCCCCUGUACAAGGACAUUGACCCUAAUGAUGAAGACUUUGGCGAGUUCAACGCCAUCGACCGCAUUAUCUUCCGAUCUCCUAUCCGUACUGAAUACCGUGUGUCAUACCCAUACCUUUACAACUCGCUGCCCCGAAGUGUCAAGCUGGCUUGGUACUCCUACCCACAGGUCGUCUAUGUCCGUGCAGAAGACCCCGAUCUUCCAGCAUUCUAUUUCGAUCCUGGAAUUAACCCCAUCUCUUCAAGAGCCGUUGCUCCCAAGAAUCUUUCUGUGAGCCAUGAGGACACCGUCUUCGGGGAUGCCGACGAAGAUGAUGAGGACGACUUCCAGAUGCCAGAAGACAUGGAGCCGUUCAUGGCUGAUGAGGAGAUUUCAACACCAGAGACUGCUUCCGCUAUUGCCCUUUGGUGGGCACCCCACCCAUUCGACAAGCGCUCCGGUCGCAUGGUUAGGGCACAGGAUGUUCCUCUGGUUAAGCAAUGGUACCUCGAGCACGUACCAGCCGGUCAGCCAGUCAAGGUUCGGGUCUCGUACCAAAAGCUGCUAAAAACCUAUGUUCUGAAUGAGCUGCACAAGAAGCCACCUCAGGCACAGAACAGGCAGAAUCUGAUGAGGACGUUGAAGGGCACCAAGUUCUUCCAACAGACCAAGAUUGACUGGGUUGAGGCUGGUCUGCAAGUUUGCCGUCAAGGUUACAACAUGCUGAACCUGCUCAUCCAUCGCAAGAACUUGACUUACCUGCAUCUUGACUACAACUUCAACUUGAAGCCUGUCAAGACUCUUACCACCAAGGAAAGAAAGAAGUCGCGUUUCGGAAAUGCUUUCCAUCUGAUGCGUGAAAUUCUGAGGUUAACAAAGCUUAUUGUUGAUGCCCAGGUGCAGUACCGCCUAGGCAACAUUGACGCCUUCCAGCUUGCUGAUGGUAUCCUCUACGCCUUCAACCACGUUGGUCAAUUGACCGGUAUGUACCGGUACAAGUACAAGCUGAUGCACCAGAUUCGUUCCUGCAAGGAUCUCAAGCAUUUGAUCUACUACCGAUUCAACUCUGGCCCCGUCGGCAAGGGUCCUGGUUGCGGUUUCUGGGCUCCUGCCUGGAGAGUGUGGCUGUUCUUCAUGCGAGGCAUUAUCCCUCUUCUUGAGCGCUGGCUCGGCAACUUGCUCUCACGUCAAUUCGAGGGCAGACACAGCAAGGGUGUUGCAAAGACGGUCACCAAGCAGCGAGUAGAAUCUCACUUUGAUUUGGAGCUUCGUGCUGCCGUCAUGAGCGAUCUCAUGGACAUGAUGCCCGAGGGUAUCAAGCAGAACAAGGUCAACACUGUGUUGCAGCACCUGUCAGAAGCAUGGCGCUGCUGGAAGAGUAACAUUCCGUGGAAGGUUCCUGGUCUGCCCGCACCCAUUGAGAACAUUAUUUUGCGCUACGUCAAGAGCAAGGCUGAUUGGUGGAUCUCGGUUGCCCACUACAACCGUGAGCGUAUUCGACGAGGUGCCACUGUGGACAAGACUGUCGCUAAGAAGAACCUGGGACGGUUGACUCGUCUGUGGCUCAAGGCAGAACAGGAGCGCCAGCACAACUACAUGAAGGAUGGUCCUUAUGUCUCUUCUGAGGAGGCUGUUGCCAUCUACACGACCAUGGUGCACUGGCUGGAAGCCAGAAAGUUCCAACCGAUUCCGUUCCCCAGUGUCUCGUACAAACACGACACCAAGAUUCUCAUCCUAGCGUUGGAACGUCUUAGGGAAGCCUACUCUGUCAAGGGCCGUCUCAACCAGAGCCAGCGUGAAGAGCUUGCGCUCAUUGAGCAGGCUUACGACUCUCCUGGAACAACGCUGGCUAGGAUUAAGCGCUUCUUGCUUACACAGCGUGCGUUUAAGGAGGUUGGCAUCGACAUGAACGACAACUACAGCAGCAUUAACCCAGUGUACGACAUUGAGCCAAUGGAGAAGAUUACGGAUGCAUACCUCGAUCAAUACCUGUGGUACCAGGCCGACCAGCGACACCUAUUCCCGGCUUGGAUCAAGCCUUCAGACUCCGAGGUGCCGCCUCUCUUGACGUACAAAUGGGCCCAGGGAAUCAACAACCUAGAUCAAGUCUGGGAGACCAAGGAUGGCGAAUGCAACGUCAUGAUUGAGACCCAGCUUUCCAAGGUCUACGAGAAGAUUGAUUUGACCAUGCUGAACCGUCUGUUGCGCCUCAUCAUGGACCACAACCUGGCAGACUACAUCACAGCCAAGAACAACGUCCAGCUCAACUACAAGGACAUGAACCACGUCAAUGCUUAUGGUAUGAUCCGUGGUCUGCAGUUCUCUGGCUUCGUAUUCCAGUACUACGGUCUCGUCCUGGACAUUUUGCUGUUGGGUCUGCAGCGCGCAAACGAGAUUGCUGGUGCCCCUGAGAGCCCCAACGACUUUUUGCAGUUCAAGGAUCGCGAGACCGAGGUCCGUCACCCCAUUCGACUGUACACAAGGUACAUUGACCGCAUCUGGGUCUUUUUCAGAUUCACAGCCGAGGAGUCACGAGACCUGAUUCAGCGAUUCUUGACGGAGAACCCUGAUCCCAACUUUGAGAACGUUAUUGGGUACAAGAACAAGAAAUGCUGGCCACGUGAUUCGAGGAUGCGAUUGAUGCGCCACGACGUCAAUCUUGGUCGUGCAGUCUUCUGGGACCUCAAGAACCGACUGCCGCGUUCGGUGACGACGAUUGAGUGGGAUGACACUUUUGCCAGUGUCUACAGUCGCGACAACCCCAACCUGCUCUUCUCCAUGAACGGUUUCGAAGUGCGUAUCUUGCCCAAGAUCCGAAACUUGACUGGCGAGUUCCCUGUCAAAGACAGUGUCUGGUCUCUUGUGGACAAUUCUACAAAGGAGCGCACAGCCGACGCGUUCUUGCAAGUGACGGAGGAAGACAUUCAGAAAUUCAACAACCGCAUCCGACAAAUUUUGAUGUCUUCUGGAUCGACAACCUUUACCAAGAUUGCCAACAAGUGGAACACGACUCUCAUUGCGCUGUUCACAUACUACCGUGAAGCGGCGGUGUCCACGGUCAACCUGCUUGAUACUAUUGUCAAGUGCGAGACCAAGAUUCAGACCCGUGUCAAGAUUGGCCUGAACUCCAAGAUGCCGUCUCGUUUCCCUCCUGCCGUGUUCUACACGCCCAAGGAGCUUGGUGGUCUUGGUAUGAUUUCCGGAUCUCACAUCCUCAUCCCGACAAGCGACAAGCGAUGGUCUAAACAAACCGACACUGGUGUUACGCAUUACCGUGCCGGUAUGUCGCACGACGAGGAGACUCUUAUUCCCAACAUUUUCCGGUACAUCAUCCCAUGGGAGUCUGAGUUUGUCGACUCGCAGCGUGUAUGGAUGGAGUACUCGCAGAAGCGCCAAGAGGCUCAACAGCAAAACCGACGUCUGACUCUUGAGGACUUGGAGGAUAGCUGGGACCGUGGUCUGCCCCGUAUCAACACGCUGUUCCAGAAAGACCGUAGUACGCUCAGUUUUGAUAAGGGUUUCCGUGCCCGGACCGAGUUCAAGAUUUACCAACACAUGAAGAGCAAUCCUUUCUGGUGGACAAGCCAGCGACACGACGGCAAAUUGUGGAAUUUGAACAGUUACAGAACUGACGUCAUCCAGGCUUUGGGUGGUGUGGAGACCAUUUUGGAACAUACACUUUUCAAGGCCACGGCAUUCCCAUCCUGGGAAGGACUUUUCUGGGAGAAGGCCUGUCUUGCCAAUGCGAGUGGUUUCGAAGAGAGUAUGAAGUUCAAGAAGCUUACCAACGCCCAACGUUCCGGUCUCAACCAGAUUCCCAAUCGUCGAUUCACGCUAUGGUGGUCUCCUACAAUCAACCGUGCAAACGUCUACGUAGGUUUCCAGGUCCAACUUGAUCUUACGGGCAUCUUCUUGCACGGUAAGAUUCCAACCCUCAAGAUUUCGCUUAUUCAGAUCUUCCGAGCCCAUUUGUGGCAGAAGAUUCACGAGUCGGUCGUUAUGGAUCUGUGUCAAGUCUUUGAUCAGGAACUUGAGGCGCUGGGUAUCGAGACUGUCCAAAAGGAGACGAUUCAUCCUCGUAAGUCAUACAAGAUGAACAGCUCUUGCGCCGACAUUCUCCUCUUUGCCAGCCACAAGUGGAGUGUCUCGCCACCAUCCAUGUUGUACGACACCAAGGACACGAUGACUGCAACCACUACCAACAAAUUCUGGAUUGAUGUUCAGCUGCGAUAUGGUGACUAUGAUUCUCACGACAUUGAACGAUAUGUGCGCGCCAAGUACCUCGACUACACUCAAGACAGCAUGAGUAUCUAUCCAUCUGCCACUGGUCUCAUGAUUGGCAUUGAUCUGGCAUACAACCUCUACUCUGCCUACGGACAGUACUUCCCUGGUCUUAAACAGCUGAUCCAGCAAGCCAUGGCGAAGAUCAUGAAGGCCAACCCAGCUCUCUACGUUCUCCGCGAGCGUAUCAGGAAGGGUCUUCAGCUGUACGCCUCUGAGAGCUCUCAGGAGUUCCUCAACUCCCAGAAUUACUCGGAACUGUUCAGCAACCAGAUUCAGCUUUUCAUUGACGACACCAACGUUUACCGUGUGACGAUCCACAAGACUUUUGAGGGUAACUUGACGACUAAGCCCAUCAACGGUGCCAUCUUCAUCUUCAACCCCCGAACUGGUCAGCUGUUCUUGAAGAUUAUCCACACAAGUGUCUGGGCCGGCCAGAAGCGUCUUGGUCAGCUAGCCAAGUGGAAGACUGCCGAAGAAGUGGCGGCUCUCAUUCGAUCAUUGCCUGUCGAAGAACAACCAAAGCAACUGAUUGUCACUCGUAAGGGCCUGCUUGAUCCUCUCGAAGUGCACCUGCUCGACUUUCCCAACAUUUCCAUUCGCGCGUCAGAGUUGCAGCUACCCUUCCAGGCUGCGAUGAAGGUGGAGAAGCUUGGUGACAUGAUUCUGCGAGCCACAGGACCUCAGAUGGUGCUUUUCAACCUGUACGACGAGUGGUUGAAGACAAUCUCCUCAUACACUGCUUUCUCGAGAUUGAUCCUGAUCCUACGUGCGCUCCACGUCAACCAGGACAAGACCAAGCUGCUCCUGCGUCCUGACAAGACUGUCAUCACCCAAGAGCAUCACAUUUGGCCUUCUCUGACAGAUGAGGACUGGAUCAAGGUUGAAGUCCAACUCCGAGAUCUCAUCUUGCUCGACUACGGAAAGAAGAACAAUGUCAACACGUCGUCGCUUACUAGCAGUGAAGUGCGCGAUAUCAUCUUGGGUAUGGAGAUUUCAGCUCCUUCGAUGCAACGUCAACAAGCUGCCGAGAUCGACAAGCAACAGGAAGAGCAACAGCAGCUGACUGCCGUCACCACCAAGACUCAGAACAUCCACGGUGAGGAGAUGGUCGUCACGACAACUUCGCAGUAUGAGCAGGCUUCGUUUGCCUCGAAGACGGAGUGGCGCACGAGGGCCGUGGCCACAUCCAACCUGCGCACUCGUGCCAACAACAUCUACAUCAACUCUGAAGAUGUCAAGGAGGAAGGCCACUUUACCUACGUCAUGCCGAAGAAUGUGCUUAAGCGAUUCAUCACCAUUGCCGAUCUUCGUGUUCAGGUCGCGGGUUACCUUUACGGCAGGUCGCCGCCUGACAACGACCAAGUCAAGGAAAUUUGCACCAUUGUCAUGGUCCCUCAAGUCGGCAACACUCGCGACGUGCAGCUGCCAAAGGAGCUGCCAAAGCACGAGUACCUGGACAACCUGGAGCCUCUGGGUAUCAUUCACACUGUCAGUGGAAACGAGCCGCCGUACAUGCAGGCCAGCGAUGUCACUCAGCACGCUCGUCUCAUGAAUCAGCAUGCUACCUGGGACAAGAAGACUGUUUCAAUGACUGUAUCCUUUACUCCCGGUUCCGUCUCACUCGCCGCCUGGGCCCUCACACCCAACGGCUACAAGUGGGGCGCGGAGAACAAGGACACCAUGUCCGACAACCCGGCGGGCUUCAGCACCAGCUUCGGUGAAAAAUGCCAGUUGCUGCUGUCCGACAAGAUUCGCGGCUACUUCCUCAUUCCCGACAACGGCAUCUGGAACUACAGCUUCAUGGGCAGCGCCUUCGGCUCGGUGGAGAAGAAACCAGUGCACGUGCGCCUCGACACACCAGCCCGCUUUUACGACCCCGUUCACCGACCGCUACACUUCCACAACUUUGCCGAGCUCGAGGAUGUAUGGGUCGACCGCGAGAACCAAUUUGAGUAA